AUGCGCUCGGCAGGGCUGCGGGAAGCCGACAUGCGCCACGGGCAUAUUUCCAUGACCGCCCCCCUCCCCAACCCCAAAUCCCCCAUUUCCCGCCCCACGCCCACGCCCGACGGCACAAAUGCGACACCCCUCACAGCCCGCCACCGUCCCCACAGCACUCAGAGCGUCCAGAAACGCCCUGGCGGGGUGUCCACAUACGCAGCCUCCCCGCCGGGCCCCCACACGCCCCCCGGGCCCUUCGCGCGUCUCCACUGCGCCCCGCCCGCAACAAACGUCCUCGGCGCAGGCCCCGCGCCUGCUUGCGUGGCCAACAUCGUGAUGGGCUUCGGGACAGGCUUCGGCUCGACCCAGACGGGCUUCGGUUUCGGCCCCGGCGGCAUCGGACAGCAGGGAGGCUUCGGUGGGCUCUCGACACCAGCGUUCGGAGGUGGCGGCGCGACAGCAACGGGAGGCGGAAUGUUCGGAGGUUUGGGGGUGUCAACCGGCAUGGGGUCGGCAUCAGGCCUGUUCUCGGCCAACCCCAGCAGCAGCGUAUUCGGCCAACAGUCAGGGCCGUCGACGGCUUUCGGGAGCCAAUCAGUGACCCCAGCAUUCGGCUCCUCCAUGCCCGGCACAGGUGCAUUUGGCCAGACGACUUUCUCCAGCCAGCCCACUUCCACUGGUGGAUCAGCCUUCCCACUCCCCCAGCGCCCAAAGGGCACGGGGAGGACUCCAUUUGUGCCCAAGGUGUUCGUAGAGCCGGACGGCACUGGAAAGAAGCCGAACAUGUGCACCUGGCACCAUGUGAGCUUCGGUGAUGCCUACAAAGGGGUGCCACAGGAGCUGCUUCGGUAUGAGGACUACCAGCAGGGAAACACCGGCGGUGGUGGCCUGACGCAGGGCCAAGGUGCCCAGAGCACUUUUAGCCCUGGGGGGCUGUCGAGCCAACCUUCCUUGUUUGGAGGCCAGGCAGGUCUGGCAGUGAGCACGGCACCCCAAAGCAGCGCAGGAUUUGGGUUGUUCGGAGGGGCCUCAACAAGCUCUGGGGUAUCAUCUGGUGGGGGACUCUUUGGUGGAGGGACAGGGAGCGUUUCAUCGCAGCCGGGAUCCAGCUGGAGUUUUGGAGUUUCAACUCAGCCUUCGACAAGUGCCAGCCUCUUUUCUGGAUUUGGCCCAAAGCAGCCGGCACAGCCAUCACAGAGUUUAACUUCUGGGGUCUCGAGCGGUUCAAGCCUGUUUGGGAAUUCAAGCACCUUUUCAACAAGUGGACCACUUUUUGGAGGCACCUCGUCUUCUGUCAUCUCCACUGCAGCGCCAUCCAUCUUUGGCGCUUCGUCUGGACACAGCUCCACGCUCAGCUUUGGGGUUUGGAACACCACUACAGGCACUGGCUCAUCCCUUUCAGGCUUCCCUGGCUUCAGCAAGAUGGCAACCUCAGUGGGCAACCCAGCCCCUGUCAACACGGGUUUCAACUUCUCUGCCACUAGCACGCCACAGGGGUCGCAGCCUUCACUCUUUGCCACAGCUCCUGCACAAAACCAACCACCCUUCAGCCUUGGUGCAUCUUCUCAAGCUCUGUCCACACCCUCCUCGCUGUUUCAGCCAACCCUGGGCCAGGCGGGAGCUGGGAGCUCAUGGAUGAUUGGAAGCGGGAGUGGCACAGGGUGUACGUCCAGUAGCAGCCAGGCUGGCACAGGGCUGUUUGGUGGGGCAGGUCAAACUGCUGCACAGUCUCAACGCCAGAGCAUAUUUCCACAGGGCCCUACAGGGGUGCCCACAUCGCCACAUCAAAUGCCCUAUGGACAGAACCCACUCCCGCAGUUGCCAGACCCUGUUGGGUGGACUGGAUCAAGGAUGACAUCAAACCCUGCAGGAUCACAGGUCAUCAUAGUGAACGCCGCUCCCAAGCAGCGCUACCCUGCCCGCCAACUGCCCUUGUCCAUCCCCCCAGCCUCUUCACGCCGCUCCCUGCGGCGAUCGUCAAGGUCACACUCCAGGCUGCUGUCUGACAGUGACUCACUGUUCAGCGACCAGUUGUGGCGUGGCACGGCCAGCCCGCCCAGGGGCAUGGACGAGCCCCUGUUCAAGCGGGAGGAUGUAAAAGAGAACCUGGGAUCCUGGGACAUUAAGGCAUGCCUGGAGAGGACAGGCUCAUCACCUGCACUGCUGAUGCCAGGGGGGAAAGGUGCAGGCGGCGAAGAAGCAAACGAUGGAUCUGCAAAAGAGACCUCGGAGGAGCCGUUGCGGCUCAAGAACACCGCCAUUUCCGAUGGAGAAAGCAACCUUUCCAAAGAGGAUAUCUCGCGGCUGCUGCCCGCAGUCCCGCAGCCGGAGUACUACACGAGGCCCGACCUGCGGGGCCUCAGCAACAUGCUGCACGCUGACAGGCACGCGCUGAAACAAGUGCAUGGGCUCACCGUGGGGCGCACGGGCUAUGGAGAGCUCAAGUUUCUCGAGCCAGUUAAUGUGGAGGGCCUCAACGUCUGCGACGUGGUAUCCAUCACGCGUGGGAUGGUGUCCCUUUACGAAAAGUCUCCGAAGCGCGACGUCCCAGUCCCCGGCCAGGGCCUCAACCAGCCCGCCGAGGUGAAGCUGCUGGACAUCUUCAAGACGGACAAGCGGGGGGAGGUGCUGGACGACCAAGCCUCAAAAAUGGCUUUCAAGAACAGCCUGAAGAAAUACUGCAAGCGGGUGGACGCCACCUUCGUGAGCUACGAUAUGGAGGACGGGACGUGGAUCUUCAGGGUGAACAACUUGGUUUGA